AACACAUUUUCUCAGCUCAGAAAUUUCAUUUUCUUAGCUUCCAAACACAAAUAUAUCUCUUUAAAUUAUUAAUAUAACCAAUUAACCAUCGCUAUACUUGAAAGUUGAUAUUGAAUGCAUGCAUAUUCAGUUUUCAGCUCAAAAGCUCCAUAUCCAUUUCAAAUUUCCCGCUUGCCGCCCUCAAACAUGGUGGUGGAUCGUUUCGAUUCUUGCAUUGCUUUUGGUGGGAAGGGUUUUGGUUGUGCUUUUCUCGGGAACUCAAGAACUAUCCUGAAAGCGCGGUUUAGCGGCAUGAACAAGAUUGGUAUUGCUGCUGCAUGUAGUAGUAGUAGUAGUAGUUGGAGGAGUAAUAAUUCAAGAUUGGCUUGUGUAGGAGAGUUCAACUUUUCAAAUGUGAAGAGAAUAGGGAAACUUUGUGGCAACAGUUCUAAUUUUCGCGUUGUGGGAGGUAGGGGAUUUUUGUCUAGGUGCCAGGGUGAUGAUGAUUCUUUAGCAUAUAUUAAUGGCAAUGGCCGGAAUAUUGAUAAUGCUGGAGGUGGUCCAAACAAGGUGGGUUCUGAUUUGGGUUCCAUUUCAGGAGCUGCAUCGAGUGAACCCUUGGAAGACGAAAGAACAAUUGGGGGUGAAAUAAAGCAAGAGGUACAGACAGUGGAUGAAUUGAAAGAACUGUUGCAAAAGGCCUUGAAGGAACUCGAAGUUGCUAGGCAUAAUAGUGCCAUGUAUGAGGAGAGGGUCAAGAAGAUAUCGGAGAGUGCGAUUUCCUUUCAGGAUGAAGCAUCAAGAGCAUGGAAUGAUGUUAAUUCUACUCUUGAUAUCAUCCAGGAAAUUGUGGGUGAAGAAUUUGUUGCCAAGGAAGCUGUUCAGAAAGCGACUAUGGCUCUUUCUUUUGCCGAGGCUAGGCUUCAAGUAGCCAUGGAGUCUUUGGAGGUUGUAAAAGGAACUUAUGAUCCUCGGUCACAAGGUGCCAAAGAGAGUAAUGGCGAUGAAGAUAUAUUGGAAGAGGAGCAAUUGCUUGUGGUUGCUCAAGAAGAUAUCAAGGAGUGUCAGUCAAAUUUAGCGAAUUGCGAGACAGAGCUAAGGUGCUUGCAAAAAAGAAAGGAGAAUUUGCAGAAUGAAGUGAACAAGUUGCAUGAAAUUGCGGAAAAGGCCCAGACGAAUGCAGUAAAAGCCGAGGAGGACGUCACAAACAUAAUGCUUUUAGCUGAGCAAGCUGUUGCUGAUGAACUUAAGGCUGCACAAGUCGUAAAUGAUGCAGAGAUUGCAUUAUCGAAAGCAGAUAAGUCUUCCUCUAGCAUUAUUGCUGACUCUGGUAUCACUCUACAAGAACAAGAGGUUUUGGACGAUCCUAAGGAGGAGGUGGUUCAAAAUGUUUCUGGUGAUGACACUGUUGAUACAGACACAGAUUCCCAAAUUGACAAUGAAACUUUGCUUGGCAAGCAAUCAUCAGACAAGUUUUCUGAUAAAACCAGCCAAAUUAUUGAAGAUACGGCACAGUCUGAUUAUCUGAGUGAUCAUGAAAAUGGACAGUUAGUCUUAGACCCAUCUAAAGAAGCUGAAGUUGAAGUAGAGAAAAUAAUGAAUUCAGUUCAAAUGAAAAAACAGGAAACACAGAAAGAUGUAAGAGACAAUCCACCACUUGUUCCCAAGGCAUUGUUGAAUAAAUCUUCCAGAUUUUUUCCUGCAUCAUUCUUCUCUUUUACUAUCGAAGGUGAUGAUUAUACACCAGAAUCAUUUUUCCAAAGUUUCGUGGAGUCAGCACGGAAGCUGUUACCCAAGCUAGUUAUUGGGAUAUUGUUACUUGGAGGGAUUGCCUUCUAUGCAAACAGAGCAGAGAGGGGUGCGCAAUUACUUCAGCAACCAGGAGUAAUUACAACCACUGCUGAAGAAGUUUCCACAAGUGCAAAACCUUUGGUUAGACAGCUUCAGAAUCUCCCCACGAGGAUCAAGAAUAUUAUUGCAUCAUUACCUGAUCAAGAGGUGGAUGAGGAGGAAGCAUCCCUUUUUGAUAUGCUUUGGUUAUUACUUGCUAGUGUUAUUUUUGUGCCAGUGUUUCAGAAAAUCCCUGGAGGCAGUCCCGUUCUUGGCUACUUGGCUGCUGGUAUCCUUAUUGGGCCCUAUGGUCUGUCCAUCAUUCGUCAUGUUCAUGGGACGAAAGCAAUAGCUGAAUUUGGAGUUGUUUUCCUGUUAUUCAAUAUUGGCCUUGAGCUCUCUUUUGAAAGGCUUAGUUCAAUGAAGAAAUAUGUCUUUGGAUUAGGCUCAGCUCAGGUUUUGGUGACUGCUGUUGUUGUUGGCCUAGUAGCUCAUUAUGUUUGUGGUCAAGCAGGUCCUGCUGCUAUUGUCAUUGGGAAUGGCCUCGCAUUAUCAUCAACCGCUGUUGUUCUGCAAGUAUUACAGGAGAGAGGUGAGAGCACAUCACGCCAUGGACGAGCCACAUUUUCUGUGUUACUUUUUCAGGACUUGGCGGUUGUGGUCUUGCUAAUUCUCAUACCUCUUAUUUCACCAAAUUCAUCUAAAGGAGGGGUUGGUUUUCAAGCUAUUGCUGAAGCUCUUGGUCUGGCUGCUGUUAAGGCAGCAGUUGCCAUCACUGUCAUUAUUGCAGGUGGACGAUUGCUACUUCGACCAAUAUAUAGGCAGAUUGCAGAAAAUCAAAAUGCAGAAAUAUUUUCUGCCAAUACACUCUUUGUUAUUCUUGGGACAAGUCUUCUCACAGCCAGGGCAGGGCUUUCCAUGGCACUAGGAGCAUUUUUGGCUGGUUUACUACUAGCUGAAACUGAAUUUUCCUUACAAGUGGAAUCUGACAUUGCUCCAUAUCGUGGUCUUCUGUUAGGUCUGUUCUUUAUGACGGUUGGAAUGUCAAUUGAUCCAAAACUUCUUGUUUCAAAAUUUAAAGUCAUUAUGGGGACGCUGGCACUCUUACUAUGUGGCAAGACACUGUUGAUUACUGUGAUUGGUAGAAUUUUCGGUAUUUCACUCAUUAAUGCCAUAAGAGUUGGCCUCCUUCUUGCUCCUGGGGGAGAAUUUGCAUUUGUGGCCUUUGGUGAAGCUGUUAAUCAGGGCAUAAUGUCUUCCCAGAUGUCCUCUCUGCUGUUUCUUCUUGUGGGAAUUUCAAUGGCCCUCACACCAUGGCUAGCUGAAGGAGGACAGAUGAUUGCUUCCCGUUUUGAGCUACAUGAUGUUAGAAGUUUAUUACCUGUAGAAAGUGAGACAGACGAUCUGCAAGAUCAUAUCAUUAUUUGUGGAUUUGGACGAGUUGGCCAGAUCAUUGCACAACUUCUUUCGGAGCGACUUAUUCCUUUUGUUGCACUAGACGUCAGAAGUGAUAGAGUGGCAAUUGGGCGUGCCCUGGAUCUCCCAGUGUACUUCGGAGAUGCUGGUAGCCGAGAGGUCCUACAUAAGGUCGGGGCUGAAAGGGCGAGCGCUGCUGCAGUAACUCUAGAUUCUCCUGGUGCAAAUUAUAGAACAGUUUGGGCUUUAAGCAAGCACUUCCCGAAAGUAAAGACCUUCGUCCGUGCUCAUGAUGUUGAUCAUGGAUUGAACUUAGAAAAGGCUGGAGCCACUGCUGUUGUCCCAGAGACCUUAGAACCAAGUCUUCAACUAGCAGCUGCAGUGCUAGCUCAGGCUAAGCUUCCAACAACAGAGAUUGCAGCAAUCAUAAAUGAAUUCAGAUCACGCCAUUUAGCCGAGCUCACCGAACUAUGUGAAGCAAGUGGAAGUUCUCUUGGAUAUGGAUUCAACAGAGCUAUGACUAUGAGCAAACCCAAAUCUCAAUCCUCAGAUUUCUCAGAUGAUAACCAAGUCUCUGAUGGAACAGUGGCAAUAUGAAGAUUCCACCCUUAUACACAAAACACAAGGAAUAAUGAUACAAAAUUUUGAAAAAUUGUAUAGAAGAUGAUAUGUUCUAUCAUUAUUAUGUACAGAAGGAGCAUAUUAUUAUUUGAAUGGAAAAUGCAUCAUCUUUCUUUGUCUUGGCAGAAAUUCUUUGUUCAUGCUCCUUGGGUUUUGGAAAGCAUGUAUAAGAUGGCCUAUUUUUAU